GUCUGUCUCUCUUGGUCUUUCCCUUUCGUUUUCGAGACCCGGUAAGAGGCGCGCCGGUGCGGCCGGAGAUGGUGGUCGCGCCCCCUCCCCGGCUCUCCUCCGGAUGUUUUGGCGCGGCUUUUGGCGGAGAGGCGGGAAGCAGCGCCUCAAAGAAACUACACGGGGCCCAGGACGGGAUGAGGCGCCUCGCAUCCUGAGUUAUUUAUACAAGCUCCGACGCCCUCCUCGACUCCGGGCAGGCCUAGUUGUGAACUAACCAUGGCGCCGGGAAGACCAGUGAUGAAGGACUUGAUGCUAGAUGCCCUAGAAGACCUCGGUGAAGAAGACCUUAAAACCUUUAAGUUCAAACUGCGUAAUGCUGCUGCUCCUGGGGGUAAGAAUAUUCCAUUUGGGCGGCUGGAGAAUGCGGACCCGCUGUUGCUUGUGGAUCUCCUGGUUGAAUUUUAUGAAGACAAGGCUCCUGCCAUGAUAGUGACUGUCUUUGAAGACAUUGGUCUGAAAUACAAUGCUUCUAAACUCAGCAAGGUGCUUAAGGAACACGUUCAAGGUUACAAAAAGAAAUAUGCUGCAAAUGUGAUGGAGGAGUACCAGCUGAUGGAAGACCGGAACAGUCUGUUUGGGGAGAGCACCCCUUUGAAUGCCCGCUAUAUAGAGUUGCUGAUUGUCAGGAAGCAUCGCCCUCAGAAGCAGAGGGAGCACGAACUGACUGCCACGGGCAGGCUGCACUUGGAGAUCCUGGAAAACUGCAGCCACGACUAUUCAUCGACAAACAUCAAAAGCCUUUUUAAACCUGACGAAUCCGGAAGACCUCCCAGGACCGUCGUGUUGCAAGGACCUGCAGGGAUCGGGAAGACUAUGACGGUGCACAAGAUCAUGCUCGGCUGGGCCGCUGGGGAGCUGUACGCCAACAUGUUUGACUAUGUGUUUUGCAUUCGCUGCAGAGAGCUGAGCUUUGCCAAAGAGGACAAAAGCUUGGCUGGCCUUAUUGCAGAGCAGUGCCAGGAUGUGUAUGCCCCAGUGCAAGAAAUCCUCGCCGACCCUGAAAAGUUGCUUUUCAUCAUUGAUGGGUUUGAUGAGCUCCGUUGCUUCUUAGAGCCUGCAGAAGUUGAUUUCUGUGACAAUCCGUAUGCAAAAGUGUCCGUGGAAGUUAUUCUGGCCAGCUUACUGGCAAAGAAACUCCUGCCCAAGUCCUUCCUCUUAGUCACCACAAGGCCUGGGGCUGCAGAGAAACUACAGGAGUGCCUGAGGUUUCCCAGGUUCACUGAGAUCCUUGGAUUCUCUGAAAAGGGUCGGCGUGAAUAUUUGUCCAAGUUUUUUGAAGAUGAGCGGAAAGCCAACACAGCACUGAGAUUCAUCGAAAACACAGUUGCAGUAUCUACCAUCUGCUUCAUUCCCAUGGUGUGUUGGAUCAUCUGUUCUAUCAUCAAAGUAGAACUAGAGACAGAAGAAGAAAUUGCGGACACCUUGGACACCACAACGAAAGUCUUUGUGCAGUUUUCUCACCGUCUCCUUCAGCAUAAUUCAAUGACGUUCACUCCGAGUGAGUUGAAGAAACUCUGUGCCUUGGCACGGGAUGGCAUCUGGGAACAGAAAAUUUUGUUUGAGGAACAGGAUCUUAAGGAACAUGAUUUAGAUGCCUCAGCUCUUAAAGACCUGUUUCUGGACAAAAAAGCAUUCCAGAAAGGGAUUGGACGAUACCACCUGUACAGCUUUAUGCACCUCUGCUUUCAGGAGUUUUUUGCUGCCAUGUGGUAUAUCCUGCAGCGGGAGCCAGUGCCAGACCUGGAGAACAGUACGGCAGACCUGAGGAAACUUUUGGUUGAAAACGAGAAGCCGGGCAAUGAGCAUAUGAUGUUAACCGUGUGUUUCAUAUUUGGCUUGAGCAGUGAAAACGUGCGUGGCUUUCUUGAAGAAGCCCUGCAGUUGGAUACGUCGUCGGACUUUGUGAAGCCUGUCUUACUGCAGAGAGCAGAAGAAGUGGCUCUGGGGGACCCUCUUCGGAAAGGCCGCCGCUUGCUGAAGUUUCUCCACUGUCUGUUUGAGACGCAGGAUGCAGAAUUUCCACGGCGUGUGAUGCAUUGUUUCCAGAAAAUUGACCUUUCUUUCAAGACAUUGUCAGUGUUGGACUGCAGAGUCCUGGCAUUCUGCUUGCAGCACAGUGCAGUUGAGGAUUACGCCAUUGAGCUAACCUUUUGCCGACUGAAAUCUCAUCACAUCAGAGCUUUGGCCCCAGGAAUAAAGAAUUGUACAACUUUAGAUCUUGGAAGUAACAAGCUUGGAAAUGCAGGAGUGAAAGUUCUCUGCACCAUUCUGAAGGAAGUAGGUUGUAACCUGACUACUCUAAAUCUCAGGGAGAAUUACCUCACGGAUGCUUGUGCCCAAGAACUCUGCAUUGUUCUGAGCACCAGCCACAAGCUGGAGAGUCUAAACCUUCAAGACAACUCCUUCACCAAAGCAUCUGUGCCUUUCAUCCGACACCUUAUGGAGACGUGCACCAGCAUGAACCUGAUAUAUCUGGACAAAAAUGGCUUUGGUGACCAAGGAACAAAAUGCCUGAAACGGCAAGAGAAAAAGAUAUCUCAGUCAGGACGUCGUUUUUUGUUGUGGAUGUGACGACCCUUUCCCUGCUCUCUGCCUUGGAUCAAAGUUGCCCCACCUAAUUGGGAACAAAAGAUAUUGAAAAUUAACUUGCAAUUAAAACCAGAACUAUUCCUUUUGAGACUGGUAGACAAUCAUUUAGAAAAGAAUACAGCUGUACUCAUUAGAUACUGGACAACAGUGACAAGACACUUCUGUGCUCAAUACUGGAAAAUGAAUAAAGCAUUCUUAGUGGAAGAUUGAUUACUCAAAGUGUUGGAAAUGGUGAAGCUCUCCGCUUUAAUGAAAGACUGAGCAUUGAUGAACUUUAGAUCUAUCUGGAAGCCCUUUUUGGACUUUCUGUCAAGGAAAAAGACGAACUGGUGGUAUGUGGUUUCGAAUUCUAAAGAUUAGGAUAUAAAUGAGAAUAUUUUUCGAGUAUGGACCAAUUUUGACACAGUAAAUAUGGACUUGGAAGAAUUUUCUAUAAGUGAAGGAAUCAUUGGCAAACUUUGUAAAACACAAUGGGAAGUUCUAAAAUAUCUUUGGUCAAUUAGCAACAGAGUUAUAGUAUAUUUUAUUUGAAUCUACUGCUUUCCAAACAUGCAACUAUAUUGGAAAAAUAUUUGCAGUUUGCUCCAGAAAUGGCAUAGGUAUAUUUAAAGUAUUUUUCAAUGUUCACAUGACAGAAAGGUUGAUGUGAAUCAUCCUGUCCUUUUUUUCCUUAGAGUUUGGGCUUUUUUCCCCUGCCACUGGGGGCGUCUGCUUUUUCUUCCAAUGAUUUGAAUACUGUUUUUGUCUGUAUGAUUCUUUGUUUUGUUUUCCAAAAGGUUCAGGGGAUGGAACUUUGGGUCAUUUUCUAGUGGUCUAGUAAUCUGGAACAUCAUGUUUUGGAACAGUGUGAACAUCCACCCCCAAAAUCUUUCUCCUGCAUCACCCUGAAGGUUUUUUUUAGCAAACAAGUGAGUCUAGUGCCAGAGCACCUUCUCACUACCUUGGUACAUUAGUUUAGUACUAGAUCAACUCUGCACCGACAAAAAAAGGAAAUAAAAUAUAUAAAAAAAUCAAAGCAACUGCCAUAAACACCAGCAGACUACUGUGUUUCCAUGGUAUGUGUGUACAGUGGUGCCCUGCAUUACGACGACCUGCAUGAUUACGAAAUCGCUUGUUGACUUUUUUGCGAUUGCUAUAGCGAUGGCAAAAUGAUGGUUCCUAUGGG